AUGGCCACCCCCAGUGUUCUCACCUUUGACGCUGAGGGUCGAGUUGUAGACUUUGAGGUCUGGAUAGAUGAUCUGCAGCUCUUCCUACAGUGCGAUAGGGCAGACGGUCUCUCCCUCUUUGACCUCACUUCUGGUGCCUCUCCUGCCCCUGCUGCUGAUGCUGACCCCACUGUUCGCUCCCAGUGGGCCACGCGCGAUGCUGCUGCCCGCCUUGCUGUGCGCCGCCACUUGCCGACCGCUGAGCGUGCGCACUUUAGCCAGUACAAGAGUGCUAAGACCUUGUACGACGCUGUAGUUGCACGCUACUCUUCCCCUGCCACUGCUGCACUUAGCCGCCUCAUCCUGCCGUACCUUUUCCCUGACCUCGCCGCUUUUCCCACUGUCGCUGACCUCAUUACGCACCUUCGCACUAGUGACACUCGCUACCGCGCUGCGCUUCCUGCUGAGUUUUACGCCAAGAACCCCCCCCCCAUGUACAUCACCCUCUACUACAUAGUCACCCGGCUCCCUGACACCCUUCGCCCGGUUAGGGACCACUUCCUCUCUGUUUGCCCCACCACCCUCACCGUUGACCUCCUCGAGGAGCGCCUUCUAGCGGCAGAGAAGAGCAUAGUCGCUGUAGGAGCCUCUCGUGGUGACCCUCGUGCCCCUGUCUUUGAGGGGUGCUCCCCCUCUCCCCUCUUGCCCUCUGUUGCCUCUGCUGCUGCGGCCGACCUCGUUGGUCUUGAGUCGGUCGCUGCGGCGUCUGCCCCUAGCGGGAGACGCCGCCCUGGCAAGGGCAAGGGGGGCAAGGGUGCUGGAGGAGCUGGCGGGGGCGGUGGAGGCGGAGGUGGAGGUGGUGGAGGGGGUGGGGGUGGCGGUGGGGGUGGUGGCGGGGGUGGGGGCGUCGGUGGCGGGACUGGAGGUGGAGGUGGAGGCGGCGGUGGCGGUGGGAGCGGAGGUGGCGGAGGUGGCGGUACUGGAGGAGGUAGCGGCGGAGGCGGUGGAGCUGGUCGGGGUGGCGCUGCGCAGAGGGUUGGCUCCGGUGGUGGUACGCGCCAGCAGCAGCAGCAGCAGCAGCGUACUCGUGAGACCCCUUCCCCCCAGCAGCUUCGUGAGUGGUACGCUGCUCGUCAGCGGGGCGGGGGUGCUGGCCCCUGUACCUACGUUCUCCGUACCGGCGACCGGGCGGGUGAGCAGUGUGGGGGCGCGCACUCCACCCAGCGCUGCUUCGGCCGUCUGACGGACGCGUGGCGCCACCAGUUCCCCGACGCUACUGAGAUCCCUCGCUGGGGCGAGCUGUCUAGGGCGGGUGUUGCGAUCUUUGAUCUUGACUAUGAUGCUAUUCUUGCUGCCAUGUAUGCUGUGACUAUUAGUGAUGAGGGUGACUGUUACCGGUGUUUUCCGCCUGACCCAGGCAUAGAGGCUGCUGCGCUAGGUGCUUGUGAGGCUGCUGCUCCAGGUGCCAGUGCGUCUGCCGCCCCAGGUGCCGGUGAGUCUGCGCUCUCAGGUACUGCGUCGUCACCGGACACCCACACCUUCACCCUUGACUCGGGUGCUUCCCGCUCCUUCUUUCGAGACUGCACCACUCUCACGCCGCUCAGUCGGCCCGUUGCAGUCUCCCUGGCAGACCCCUCUGGGGGUCCUGUCCUUGCCCACUACUCCACUGUCCUACCGUGUCCAGCGGUCCCGUCUGGCUCCCUGUCGGGUCUUUACCUCCCCUCGUUCUCUACGAACUUGGUGGCGGGUGCUGACCUACAGGAUGCAGGAGUUGACCAGUUCACCCCUGCUCGUCAGCGGGUGACCCACUGCACGUGUGCGGACACAGGCCGACACUUGGCCACGUUUACCCGUCGGCCGGGGUCGAGCCUGUACACACUGACUACUGAGUCUCCUCCAGUCACUGAGUCUGCUCAGGUAGCAGCGUCGGGUCAGGUGUUUGCUGCGGCGUCCAGGUCUGGUCCUGAGUCUGCCCCCUGCUCGUGUCAUCUCCUGUCCCACCGGACUCUCCUCUGGCACCACCGCCUUGGUCACCCCUCCCUGCCUCGUCUUCGAGGCAUGGCGUCCCGUCUUCUUGUCUCUGGCCUCCCCCGGUCCCUCCCUCCCCUUCCUCCGGGGCCUGCCCCCACCUGCGUUCCCUGCGUCGAGGGGCGGCAGCGCGCUGCCCCUCACUCCUCCGAGUUUCCUCCGACAGAGGCUCCGCUGCAGACGCUUCACAUGGACGUGUGGGGCCCAGCCCGCGUCCGUGGACAGGGUCACGAGCGUUACUUCCUGCUGGUGGUUGACGACUACUCGCGUUACACCGCAGUCUUCCCCUUGCGCCGCAAGGGUGAGGUCACUGAGGUGUUGAUCGCCUGGAUCCGCGCAGCUCGUCUCCAGCUCCAGGAGAGUUUCGGCACGGACUUUCCUGUUCUGCGUCUGCACUCCGACAGAGGCGGAGAGUUCUCCUCUGACCUUCUGCGGGCCUUCUGUCGUGCACGAGGCAUCCGCCAGACCUUCACGCUUCCGGACUCCCCGCAGCAGAAUGGGAUUGCUGAGCGCCGCAUCGGCAUGAUCAUGGACGUCGCUCGUACCUCCAUGAUCCAUGCGGCUGCUCCCCAUUUUCUGUGGCCGUUUGCGGUUCGGUACGCGGCGCAUCAGAUCAACCUUCACCCCCGGGUCUCCAUGCCGGAGACCUCCCCUGCUUUGCUGUGGACGGGGAAGGCUGGCGAUGCGUCUGCGUUCCGUGUCUGGGGAUCUAGGGCGUUUGUCCGCGACUUGUCUGCGGACAAGCUGUCCUCUCGUGCUGUUCCCUGCGUCUUCCUUGGCUUCCCUCCUGACGCGCCUGGCUGGCAGUUCUACCACCCCACCUCGCGCCGUGUUUUGUCCUCCCAGGACGUCACCUUUGACGAGUCGGUUCCCUACUACCGUCUCUUCCCCUACCGCACUGCGUCCCUCCCUCCCCCGCCGCUCUUCCUUACGCCAGGUCCCCCUCCGGUAGACCCCCUCCCCCCUCAGGGUCCUGCUCCCUCAGGUGUGUCCCAGGUAGAUGCAGUCGAGCCUGUCGAGGUAGCUGUUGACUCUGGUGCUGCUGGGGGUGCUGAGCCUGGGGGUGCUGAGUCUGGGGGUGCUGCGCCUGGGGGUGCUGCGCCUGGGGGUGCUGAGCCUGGGGGUGCUGAGCCUGGGGGUGCUGAGCCUGGGGGUGCUGAGCCUGGGGGUGCUGUGCCUGGGGGUGCUGCGUCUGGGGGUGCCGUGUCUCGGGGUACGGAGCCUGAGGGUGCUGGACCUACUCGUGUGGCGUCUGGUAGUGCUGAGCCUGGCGGUUCUUCAGGUGCUUCGUCCCGGCGAGAGCUGCUCUCUCCACAAGAGCUGCGUGAGUGGUUCGCCCGGCGCUGGCGGCGUGCUGCUGGAGCUGGUGGUGCUGCGGACGCUGGAGGUUCUACUGCUGCUGAGGGUGCUGGUGCAGAGGGUCCCAGAGGUGCUCGUACAGGGUGUACUGGAGCUGCUGGGCCUACGGGUGCUCCUCCUACUGGAGCUGGUGGUGCUACUGGUGCUGCUGGCGUUGGUGCUGCUGGUGCGACUGGAGCUAGAGCUGCUGGGGGUGUUGGCGCUGGAGGUGCUGCUGGCGCUGGUGCUGCUGAGGGUGCUGGAGUUGGUGCUCCUGGAGCUGGGGGCACUCCUGGUGCUGGUGCUCCCGUUGGGGGUGCUGGUGCUGUUCCUGCUGGCACUGGUGGAGCUGCACGGCCACGGCCGUACUUCGUUCCGCUCCUUGAGCAGGUUCUUGGUCUUCCGUCCUCUCUUGGUCCUGCUCCUCCCUUAGCGUGUCCGCCUCCUGUCCAGUCCGAGUCGCAGUUACCGCCGGCCUCCCCGCUUCCUUCUCCUUCUCCCUACACUGGUCCUACUGGAGGUCUUGCUGAGCGUCGUGAGCCUGCGUCUCGCCCUGCGUCGCCUGUCCGCGCUGCUCGCACUAGUGGUCGUGGUUCCCGUCAGCGUCCUCCCCCUGUCCCCGGUACGCACCGGAUGUCUUUGCAUCCUUCCACUGCUCCUCUGCGUGCCCCUUUGCCUUCUCCUCCCGCGUCCUCUCUUCCUGACCUUCCUGACCCUGAGUCGGACUCCCUUCGUGCUGCGCGUCCUACUGUCACGCGUCUCCUUGCUACUGUCGUCACUGACCCUUCCUUUGAGUCUACUGCUGCGUCUGCUCUGGUUGCUGAGCUUGUCGACUUCGCUGCCCGCUGUCGCCUAGACUACGCUGCCAGUCUCGUCGCUGAGUCUGAGUCUGUCUGUCCUCCGUCCGUCGGGGGUGAGUGUGCUCUUGGCAUGGACGUCCUUGAGGACAGGCAGGAGGAGUUCCAGUGCUUGGCUGCUGCUUCACCUCAUCUCGUGUCCAUGCUGCUUGCCCCUGAGGGAGACCCGGAUGCACUUGACAUCCCGACUCCGCGCUCUUACGCGGAGGCGAUAGAGGGUCCCUACUCUUCUCAGUGGCAGGCAGCCAUGGACGCAGAGAUGGCUUCCUGGAAGUCCACAGGCACCUACGUUGACGAGGUUCCCCCGCCUGGGGCGAACAUUGUCAGUGGCAUGUGGAUUUUCAGGGUGAAGCGGCCGCCGGGUUCUCCGCCUGUCUUCAAGGCGCGUUACGUGGCUCGUGGCUUCAGUCAGCGGCAGGGAGUUGACUACUUUCAGACCUUCUCUCCCACCCCGAAGAUGACCACUCUUCGGGUACUGCUGCACAUAGCCGCUCACCGAGACUACGAGCUGCACUCUCUUGACUUCAGCACUGCUUUCCUGCAGGGCAGCCUGCACGAGGAGAUCUGGCUGCGCCGCCCACCUGGCUUCACUGAGACUUUUCGUCCUGGCACCAAGUGGAGCCUCCGGCGGCCAGUCUACGGUCUCCGUCAGGCGCCUCGUGAGUGGCACGACACACUGAGGACUACACUUGCGGCUCUUGGGUUUGCUCCUUCUACUGCCGACCCGUCGCUGUUUCUGCGCACCGACUCUUCCUUGCCGCCGUUCUACAUCCUCGUGUACGUCGACGACUUGGUCUUUGCUACAGCUGACACUACUGGACUUGCCUACGUGAAGUCCGAGCUGCAGAAGAGACACACGUGCACAGACCUGGGUGAACUGCGCAGCUACCUUGGCUUGCAGAUCACCCGGGACAGAGCACAGCGCACCAUUACCCUGACUCAGUCACACAUGGUGCAGCAGGUCUUUCAGCGCUUCGGCUUCACGUACUCCUUGCCUCAGGCCACUCCUCUGGCUACACGCCACUCGCUCUCAGCUCUGCCUUCGGAUGAGUCCGUAGAGUCGAGUGGCCCGUACCCAGAGCUUGUCGGCUGCCUCAUACACAGACCAGAGCACAUGGCUGCAGCGAAGAGGGUGUUGCGCUACUUGUGCAGUACGUCGGGCAUGGGGCUUGUGCUUGGAGGGCAGAGUUCAGUGGUCCUCACUGGUCACGCAGACGCUUCUUGGGCUGACGACCAGGCUACGCAGCGGUCGUCACAGGGUUACACCUUCAGUCUUGGCUCCGGCUCUGUUUCGUGGCGGUCCACCCGCUCGUCUUCUGUUCUCGGCUCCAGUUGUGAGGCUGAGAUCUACGCAGGGGCCAUGGCUGCACAGGAGUUACGCUGGCUCACCUACCUGCUGACUUACCUGGGAGAGCCGCCUCGUUCUCCUCCAGUGCUGUACGUAGACAACAAGGCCAUGCUGGCCUUGUGUCGGGAGCACAGACUGGAGCACAGAACGAAGCACAUCGCUCUCCGCUACUUCCUUGCUCGUGAGCUGCAGCAGCGUGGCCAGCUGCGCCUUGCUUACGUGGCCUCUCAGGCCAACACUGCUGAUAUCUUCACUAAGGCACUCGCGCCUUGUGAUCAUCAGCGCUUCUGCACUCUGUUAGGUCUUGUGCCUACCUUGCCUCACUUGCUUACUUCUUGA